UAAAUGACAAACAAAGAAUUGCGAGUAGCUAUUGGACUAUGAUUUUUCGAUAAUUCUAGGGUUUUUUUGGUUGCUAAAUUUUCCCGCCCAUGAGACUGAGUCAAAAGUAAAGCAGUGAAUCAUCUGAAGGUUAAAAAGAAAGGAUAAGAAUUCCUUAUAAAAUUCAGAUACUAAACUCUGGGUUUGUUCGUGCCUUGAAAGCAAGCAAGCAAUCAAGCUUUUCCCCCACCAAUUUUGUUUGAUAUAAAACUUGGAAGAGAAACUGGUAAUCAUGGAGGAAGUUGUCAAAGAACAACAAUCUGCAGCUCCAAUUUCUGCAAGUGCGGGGAAGUCGAAGCUACGUUAUCCACUUCGAUACUCGAUUAAACCAAAGGAGGAGAAGACAUCGGCCGUUGAUUUAUCCAAUUCUUCUUCAUCCAGAAGGGGGAGGGCAACACCAAGUGUAAGCAAAAGCGUGGGUGUUCUUGAUCUUUCCAAGGAGAAAACUGGGAAGCCACCCAGAAGGCUCUCCAUCCCAACCAAAUCAACUGUGACUCCAUCUCCAAAAUUUGUUGGGACAACCCCUCCUAUAUAUGAGGGUAGAGCCAAGAAAUCCACCAAUGGUCAGGGCAAAAGUGUCAAUCCUCUUUCCGAUGCUUCAAGGUCAGCUACUCGAAGAAGGUUCAGUAUGCUGUCAUCGUCUUCAUACUGGCUGUCGCAGAUUAAGCUCUCUGAAUCAGCUUCUAAGCACUCUGUCUCACUUGGAUUUUUCAAACUUGCCUUGGAAGCUGGUUGUGAGGCUACUCAGAAAAUGCGUGACGAGUUUAAAUCCUAUAUACGUCGCCAUAAUCUUGGUGAAAACGAGGAAGCUAUACAGGAACUACUUGAACGCUACAGUGUUUUGGAAAAUUCCGAUCAACCACAGGUGUCCGAAACAUGUUCCCAGGUGCCUGAUGAGGGGAUUCGGUCAUCUGACGAUGAGAUUCGAAAGGUUUCUCCUUCAGCAGGAGCUAGGAGAUUGAAACCCAAGUCCUUGAACACUGAUGUGGCGCAGGUUUCAUAUGUGGCUAAAUCCGCAAAAGAGGCUACUCCAAAGAAUAAUGCUGCAACCAGGAACAGGCCUUUGAACAAGACCAACUCAAAUUCAUGGCCUUCGGGCACAGGGUGUCGUAAGCGACAGAUUGGAACUCUGAAGACAACCACCAAACCAGAGUCUGUUAAAGGAAAGGAAAAGACUAAGAAACAGGGGGCCAAAUCAGACAAUAAAGAAGAUCAAGUUAGCCCUUCAGCAACAGUAGCAGCGGCAGAGACUAUUGAGGAGGAGAACAAAGAAAAUUCGGAUGCGCCUUUGACAGAAGAAAGCAGCCUGACUGGAAUUGAUGUAGGUGGUGUUCUGCACUAAAUAAUGCUCAGCCGAAGAACCACAUGGUUAAAUUCCAUCCUCUAUUGGGUUAUUUUUAUUCUUUUGUCUUUAAUGUGUUGAUGUUUGUAUAGGGUUUAAAAACUUUGAAGUGUUCCAAUCUGAUGUGAAGUCGAGACCUGUUCUGUUUUUUAACUUGGGUUGUUGCUUUAAACUGGGAUUGUUGCUCUGUCUGGUAUUCUAUAGUCACUUGAGA